AUCAACGGUCAUGAUUCGCUUAUGCGCGUUAUAAAUAUCUUGCACCUUCGUCUUUAGGGUUUUGCUCAAGGAGUUGGCCGGAGCCGUCGCAGCGAUCGUUCAUUGCUUGUGAAACUUUUUCAUUAAGAUCAGAUGGCUCCAAAAGCUACUUCAAAGAAAUCUGAUGAGAAAACACAGGCUGAGAAAGCCGCCAAGGCUGUGAAAUCAGGAACAACCAUUAAGAAAGCCAAGAAGAUCAGGACCUCAGUUACUUUUCAUCAACCCAAGACACUUAAAAAGCCUAGAAACCCCAAGUACCCUAGAAUUAGCGCCCCGCCAAGAAAUAAGUUGGAUCACUAUCAAAUCCUAAAGUAUCCCCUGACCACUGAGUCUGCCAUGAAGAAAAUUGAAGACAACAACACACUAGUCUUCAUUGUCGACCUUCGAGCUGACAAGAAGAAGAUCAAAGCUGCUGUGAAAAAAAUGUAUGAUAUUCAGGCCAAGAAAGUUAAUACUCUAAUCAGGCCUGAUGGAACUAAGAAGGCUUAUGUGAGAUUGACCCCAGACUAUGAUGCUCUGGAUGUGGCAAACAAGAUUGGUAUCAUCUAAAUCUGCUGACAGGGACUAUUUGUUCGUAGUUAAGUUAUUAGGUUUCCUAAUUGUUGGAAGUUGAGUUCCAUUCUAAGAAAAUAUUUGUGGACCAAGUGUUUUGAACUUGACAAUGUUUUGCUUAUUAUUGUCUUGACUUUAUUUUUUGGAACUAAGAAUCCUGCUGAGAUUUUCCUUCAA